AUGCAGAUGUUCCGUGACGACGCAACGUUCCUCAAGGGUGGCUCGUACAUGAAAGUUCCAUGGGGUCCUCUGGGUAAACUAUUUGGCCAAAACAUCAUUGACUCAAGUGGUCAGCUGUGGAAGCAGCAGAGAAAUAUUCUGCAACCGGGGAUUAAACGGCAGUUUGACAUUGCGUAUAUGAGGCAGAAAUCUUCAGGGCUACGUGCCAUGUUGUGGCGAGACUGCGAGACGCAAGACAGAGACGGCACAGUCGGCAUCAAUAUUGAUGAACACGUGCAGCAUUGGGCACUCUCCAUUUACUUCAAAUACUUUAUGGGCAUCAAUUUGGAGAGUGCACCUGAUAUCGAGAGUCGGUUGACUCGGUUUGUGACAGCCCGAAAGAAGGGCUUCAUGGGGGGGAAUACAAUGCCCUUCCCAUUCCUGCAAAAGUUCCCAUGGUUUUUUCCAUCGAAUCGUCGAGCACUUGUUUUAGUCAAGGAGCUUGAAGAAGUUGUCCUCGGCAUUGCCAGGUUGAGCCCAGACAAUGAGUCUAACGCUGAUAGUAACACCGUCAAGGAUCGCCUGAACUCUGCUAGAAGACACGGAGCUAUUUCAGAAUUUCAUCAUCUCUCCAACAUGAAACAGCUGUUGAUUGCCGCUUUUGAGAAUGUUGAAGCAGUCCUCUUGUCUGCUAUUGCGGCGUUGGCAAUAAAUCCCAACAUCCAAUCCACACUACACACCGAGUUGACUUCCUCGGUGCCAACCACAUAUACUCUAGAAGACUUGGACAGGCUUCUUGUUCUUCUCUCAGUUACACUAGAGGCUUUGCGUCUCUACACGCCCUUGUCCUCUCUCACGAAUCGCUAUACAGCCCAGCAGAUUCUUCUAGGGGGUGACAUCAACCUUCCUGCCGGUACAUGGAUUGGAUGGAAUUCAUAUGCAGUGCAAACCGAUGCGCGGGUUUGGGGCUCUGAUGCCCUUACAUUCCGGCCAAGCAGAUGGGGAGAGGACAUUGACAGCAUCAAUGCCAUGUUCCGGGCACAGCAGGCAAAAGCCGUUUUUAUUCCUUUUUCGUCGCGGUCGAGGACCUGUCUAGGAGUCUCGUUUGUACUGAUGCAGCUCAGGGUUGUCCUAUAUGAGCUGUUUAGCGAACUGGAAUGGGGCGUGUGUGACGACCGCAUGCCUACUAUGUGCGAGGGUGCGAUAUCAAGCCCAACUCACUGCAGAUUCACGCUCAAGGCAAGAAAGCGUCAAGCAAUUCCAUAA